UGGCGACAUUUAGGUAUGUUUUUGAUAAGGGAGGGGUAGAAGAUGGAGCGUUGUAUGUAAAUGCUUCAACGAAAGUUAUUAUAUUACGGCAUCUUUUAUAUUUUAUUAGCGUAGUAUCAAAAACGCAUGGAUCCAAUAUUGCUAAUUAUAUUUUGCUAGUUAAAUGCACCCAUAUUGUGUUUGUUAAAAAAAUAUACAACAGUAGUGUGGUUUGUAGUUUGGACUUCCCCUUCAGAUUAUUUCCCCCCCCCCCCCCCCCCUGGUUCGAAAUGGGGGAUCUGGACUCGUUCAACGACGCGAUCCUGGCGGUGCUGGAGUGCCCCGUGUGCACGGAGUACAUGAGCCCGCCCAUCUUCCAGUGCAAGACGGGCCACAAGCUGUGCAGCAGGUGCCGGCCGCAGCUGAGUGUGUGCCCGACCUGCAAGGAGACCUGCCUGGACCUCAGGAACUACGUGGCGGAGGAGCUGGCCGAGAAGCUCAUGUACCCGUGCGUGAACGAGGACGCCGGCUGCCGGGCGAAGCUCCAGCUGCGGGCGAUGGCUCGGCACAACGCCGAGUGUCCCUGCCGGCUGUACGACUGCUUGGGGGCCGACUGCGACUGGCGGGGCCGGGCCCCGGAGAUGCUGCAGCACCUCAAGGGGUCCCACGGCAUGGCCUGGAUGACCGCGCAGAACCCCCACCUCUACUAUGACCGCUUCGACCUGUCCUCGGACUUCUACGAGCGGGACGCCAUCGACGCGUUUGGGCAGCUGUUCUGGUACCACUUCAGGCGCGACGCGGAGAAGCGCAGGGUGUUCGUGGCGGUGCAGUUCGUCGGCGACGAGAAGCGUGCCUCCGAGUACAGGUACCAGGUGUUCCUCUUCUCUCCCGACGGCAAGCAGUGGGUCGAUUUUGUCAACGUGACCCACAAAGACACCGUGAGCUUCGACCAAAUUAUCGACAGCAAAAAAUGUUGUUGUGUCGACUUUGAAUUGGUUGAAGAUUUACUUGAUGACGACCUGACUUUAAAAUUCAGAAUUAACUUGUGUGAGUCUCAAAAUUCUUCCAUUUCAAAUGCAGUUAUGUAAGUGCAUCAAUUACCUAAGGUCCUAUUCUUUCCAAUCAUGUUUCAAUAUAUCAGCCAUUUAUAAAGGUGGAGGUGUUUUUCAGUGACAGCAGCAGCUCAUAGCCAAAAACAUCAGGCUGUCUCUUGAUGAACAAACAUUCUUAUGGUAGAUGUGAUUUGUGUUCAAAGUAAAAAUAUUAUUUUUAACUGUUUGAUUCAGAAAGCUAUUAUAUUUUGAACUAUGAGCAUAUUAUGGUAUGAAUCAGGUGUCAUUCAUGCCUGUUGUAACAUGAAUUUUUUUGUACUCUUGUAUGUCCGAAGCUUGGUUCAUACAAAGAUGUAGUUAGAAUGUGAUAUUUAUUGUAAUUGUUUUGUCCAAGCUCAAAUGUAAGGUACAGUAAUACCCUUAACUUAUGCAAUAGGUGGGUCCGAGUUAUAACCAUGUAAGUCGAAUUUGCUUAAGUCUGGAUACAAUUUUGCACAUAAAUACAUACCUAUAAAUUAUGUUAAGUUUGGACCGGAGACUAAAAAAUAUAUAAUUUAGAAAAAAUCUAAGAAAUGUUAACUAAUAAAAUAAAUUAUAUUAUUAUGAAUUGCAAAAACGUAAACUGUUGUUACUUUCGUAGAAGGCUUCAUAAAAUUUAACGAAGUCGUCUGACGGAUCAAAUAUUUUUUCUUCUCACAAAUUUUCCUUGUAGCACGUGUGGACAGAGUGGAGAAUUGAGAGUUGUGGGAAGUUAAAACAAAAGACAAACAAAUCGACAAGAAGAUGUAAAAAUGUAAAAAUCACGUAACUCCAGCGGGGUAGCAUAAGUCAAGGUAUUACUGUACUUCAUUGAGUCACUGGUACAGUAAACUCGUGAUGAUCAAUUGAGGCAAUGCCCCUUAUAAUUACAAAUCAUAAAUAAUCUUUAGUUAAUGUACAUUCUGAAGUUGCAUGGACCUAGGAAAGAUCUCAAACAAGCUCUUUUCUAAUAUAUACUUUGGUCCUUGUUGAAUUUGACAAAAUAUUAACUGGAUUUUAAUUAAACUUUAUUGUUAGUAUUUGACAUCUGCCUAAUUUUUUGGUACUUUAAAGGGUAUCAAUGACCUUUUAUCCCUAAAGUAAGCAAAAACUUUUGCAGGUGUGGCACAGCUGGCCUACCCUCCGAAGCCGUACAGAGUGCGGCCCUGCCUCUUCAAGGCGUACACGACGUCCAUUGCAGUGACGGUCUUUCUCUUGGCGUGCUCUGUGUGGGUGACAGCAUCGCGGAUCACGUUUUCCAGGAACACUUUGAGCACGCCUCGUGUCUCCUCGUAGAUGAGGCCCGAGAUGCGCUUCACUCCACCGCGCCUGGCCAGCCUACGAAUGGCCGGCUUGGUGAUGCCCUGGAUGUUGUCACGCAGCACCUUCCUGUGACGCUUAGCGCCACCUUUCCCCAGACCUUUUCCGCCCUUUCCGCGCCCGGUCAUGUUUGCGUGCUCCUGCCAAACUCUGAGUGAGUGGCCAGUGCUAAGGCCAUAAUCAGUGAUUUAUAAACUAUUGAAACUCAAAUUACUUAGUCUGCAGUUAAUCAAAUGUCUUUAAGCAUCUUUUGCCAAAAACGGGCAUAGACAAAUCUCAUUUUCUUUACUGAUAAAUAAAUACACAGUUGAUUUUCCGUGGCUUUUUAAGAGGCCGCAAACUAAGACUGAGAUACACCAUAGCAAAAGUAUUUUCAAUCUGCCUUGUAAAGUGGCGUCUCAUAGACUGCUCAAACAUGGGUGCAGAGACAGUAGUUACUACAUUCUUCAAAAACCAUUUUAUAGUCAAUUGGGGUGAAAUUAUUAAUGUUUAGAUGACCGUAGGAGAAUUUAUAAAGGUCCUCUAUGUUGUAUGCAAGGGUUCUCGGAAGUUGUAUGAAUGAAUGAAUGAAUGAAUUAGGUCUUAACAUUUUGUCAACACUGUCGUUAGAAACAAUGAGUGGAUGAUGUAAUGAGAAUGGAUGCAGGCCUGCCAGUUAAAAACUACACCAACCAAGUUCACCACUUGCGAAAAAUCAGUCUCAAGUUGUGAUCUCCAAGGCAUCGUGCUCAUGUGGUAAGUGGUGAUCUCAUAACCAACUCCCUGUGACUCAUAAAUUUGUGCACAAACAGAUGCUACCCAUGUGGAUCGAAUCCUGCUAUAUAAGAUUUUAGUUCCCGCCCAUAUUAAGACUUUCUUUGCAUAGUCAUGGGUCAUUGAUUCCUACUUUCAAGUAUGAACUGUACGCAACAACUAAAUUUCCAAAGGGGGGUCGAUAUACCUUUUUAUAAAGAAACAUCGAUCCCCCCUAUUGAAGUGGGGGGGUCCGGGGGUCCUCCCCCGGGAAAAUUUGUAUUUCAAGGUGGAAAAUGGUGCUAUUUAAGCAGUUUUAUUAUCUAAAAAUUGAUUGCACAGCACUUUCUUUGCCCCCGUUUGCCCCCACUUCAAGGUUUCAGAGGGGGAGGGGGGGGCAAAAUACCCUUGCCCCCCCUGUUGUUGCAUCCCUGAACUAUACACAGUUUCUUGUAUUGUGUUUUUGUGUAAUUCAUUCGUUGAAGCUGUUCACCAGCAGAAAUAAAUAAAUAAUUGACAAACAUGAGUGAGUCUAGGCUGGUGCAUGAUGGAGCGUGCUGCCGUGCGUGUGGAACGGACGGCCGAGAGAAGAUGCAUCAAGUGGUGACGGCACACGACGAUGUUCCAGCGUGUACUGCGGGCGAAGUAGAAACUAGGUGGAUAAUACCAUUCAUCGUCAGGCAGUUAACAAAAGUUACACUAAAGAAUGAGUAAUGACACAACAAAAACAGCUAAUGAAGGCUAGGUUUUAAUGAGAAGUAAAGAAGCUACUGCUGUAUGUGCUUAUGAGAAAAAAUAAAUUGUAUGCCCGCUUGUGCCUUA